CAGUGGUAUACGGUAGGUUUGUUGAUGUAGGCUUGUCGGAGUCGAAUGACAACAUUUCGCAAUACUUAGAAUGUACCCGAGAUGAAGGGAAUGGCGAAUAACUAUCCCUACACAUGAGGGUCGGUGUCGUGUAGACUAAGAAGAGGAACAUAUAUGGAGUAACUAUACGUGUCAUAGAGAUCUAACGUUUGGAGACGAACCGACAUGGGGAGUCAUUGGCCUUUGUCUGCUCUGGUGACGCUAGUGAUGUUUUGGGUGUCCACCGCCACCUACUGUUACCCCGGCAAUACAUGUUUCCCGACCAAUGAGGAACAAUUACAGUUUGCUGUAUCAAUGGCUGGUCACGUGGUCUUUCCUUAUCAGUCAGAAUAUGACGUCACCGUUAUCAUGCAGAACGUCAGGGAAACAAAAUUCCCACACAUGAUGGCAGCUCCUUAUUCGACGGAAGAAGUUCAGAAGUCGGUCAGGUUUGCCCGGAAGUACAAUCUCCAUAUGACAAUCAUUUCUUCCGGACACGACUAUUUCGGGAGAUCAACUUGGGAUGGAAGUUUCCAGAUCAGCUUGAGAAAUAUGUCUGACAUCGUUGUAAAUCUUUCCUCGUCACGACAUCCGGACGGCGAGGUGACAAUAGGUAGUGGUGCCUCCUGGAUCAGCGUGUACGAAAAGCUCGAUAGCUACAACCGUGUGGUGGUGGGCGGAAGUGCUCACACUGUUGCAAUGGGAGGAUAUACACAUGGCGGCGGUCAUAGCCCAAUGUCCCGGAUGUUUGGCCUCGCUGUGGAUAAUCUUCUCGAGGUAGAGAUCGUGUUGGCCGAUGGCUCGAUAGCAGUUGCCACAGCCGAUGGUACAGAAAUCACCAGUGUUGAUGGCGAUGUGAGACGGACGUCCGACUCGAGCCUGUUCUGGGCCUUACGAGGAGGAGGUGGAGGAACGUUCGGAAUAUCAACAAAGUUCACCUUCAAAAUACACAAGGCCGCACUGGGGGUGGUCAACUUCAACAUAGCCUACCCAAUGAUACUGGCGAAUGGAACGUUUAUAGCUGACGAAGUACUGGAGAAAAUGUCGCAGAUUAUACUCUCGGCUCCAAGAAACUGGGGAGGAUAUCUAAUGACAAAUGGAUUUCCAGAUGGAAAAACCCACGGACACAUUGGUCUCUUCGCCAAUCAUUUCGGGACCUGGGAUACGGCAUCGCGCUUGUAUAUGGAUAAAUUAUAUCACUUUAAACGUGAAUGGCAGAAGUAUGGGUUUUAUAAAAACUAUUCCACUUUCCUUGAAUACGAAAGAACAGCCAGUGAUGGGAAAUACUACAGAACGUACAUCUCAAACAUCUUGAUGAACAAUCAGAGUUUCACCCCCGAAUGGAGGAAAGCUAUGGUCAACAAUGCAUUUUCAUUCCCGCUACAAAAGUCCGCAAUUCUCUCAACUGGAACGUGGGUAGGAGGAAAGGUACAGGAGGUAGGGACAGCUGACACAGCAGUACAUCCGGGCUUCCGAGAGUGUUACAUGUCCUUGACAACAGGGAUUGGAUGGUCUGGUGCAGGUGACCACGAUCAUGAAUUCGUGGUAGAAGGUCAAAAGGUCAGAGAAAAGAUGCGACCGUUUGGCUACGGGAGUUAUCGGAAUGAGGGAUCGGCUGAUUCACCUUCGUGGAAAGAUGAUUUCUGGGGGAGUAAUUACAAUCGUCUGUUGGCUAUCAAACGUGUAUAUGACCCAGACAAUGUGUUCUCGUGUGUCGACUGCGUUGGACGAGAUCUGUGAUGUACGUGACCCCUGUACGGGUAACUGUAGCAUACUCGUGUUACGAGUCUAAACAAAUUGUCAGUAUGUCAUGAUAUCAGGAUUAUAGUCCAUUUAUACAGGGCAACCACCAAGGCAAGCUUGUAAGACUUUUACAAGCAAAAUAAAUAAGAACAAAGACAAUUAAUGUUGAAUUGAAAAUGGCCGUUUAUCAUAUUAAACGACGGAUGUUAAAGAAUAUAACAUCAUAUAUAACAAUUCUUUCCUUAAAAGUCUUAGAUGGGGGUCAAAACCCGCCACAAUGAUUUCUGUAAACACAUGUACAUAAACCUGUAAUAUUGGUGUUACAGAAAUCAUCCCCCAUCCGCAGAGCCAAUGUAACAAAUUUUCAUUGUAUCGUAAUAUCAAGGUUAUAACCCAUGUGUAACAUAUUGUCAUUGUAUCGUAAUAUCAAGGUUAUAACCCAUGUGUAACAAAUUGUCAUUGUGUCAUAAUAUCAGGAUUAUAGCCCGUGUGUAACAAUAAUGUUAGUUUCUAUUUUGCGAUGUGUAUUUCACUUUUACCUAUAUACAAUGUAUGUAUAUAUAUUUAAUACAUAUCUCUUUUCGCUGUUUUUUGUUUGCGCUUAGUAGGUUUAAACUAUUGCUUGAUAUCUUCGUUUUGUUUUCACAACAUUGUAAUAUUUCACCAGUGAAAGUAUGCCAUUUAAGUGAAAAUUCAAGUCAGCCAUUUUUGACAGACAAGACAUGCCCCUAUUUCCUAUCGACUAAUGAGAUCGAUAGAGAAUACAUAGCUAGAUUGUUACAAUAAAAUGCUGAUUUUUGUUCGAGACUUAAGACAACCGAUAUGACGAGGCUUUGCCGAGUUAUCUCGGCUUUGCAUGCCGAGAAAUAAAAUAAAUGUUGUAUUUUAUCAUACUA